AUGACUGGGAAGACUCAAACCAGCAAUAUAACAAACAAGACAGAUCCUCGCUCUCUCAAUUCCAGGGUGUUCAUUGGUAACCUCAACACCACUGUGGUCAAGAAAACUGACAUUGAGCUCAUUUUUGCCAAGUAUGGCAAAAUCACUGGCUGCUCUGUGCAUAAGGGCUUUGCUUUUGUCCAGUAUGCCAGCGAAAGGAACGCUCGCUUAGCUGUGGUCGGCGAGAAUGCCAGGGUGCUUGCUGGACAGACCUUGGACAUUAACAUGGCUGGAGAGCCCCGUCUUUACAGGCCAAAAGUGGGAUCCAAGCGUCCGUUUUCCUUAUACAGUGGCCAUGAAUUUGAUUAUGAUUUCUACAGGGAUGACUUCUAUAGCAGGAUUUUUGACAUUCAUGGGCGAUUAGCAUCAUCCCCUCGGGCUAUGAUACCUAUCAAGCAUUCCCGUUUGGUCACUCUCUCAACACGCAGGACGAAAAACUCUUUCCAGCCAAAGAUGUCCACUUGCUCUUCUUAUCUAAGCACAUUUUCAUCAGAUUCCUUAUGCUCUAUGGUGAAAUCCAAUCAGCUCCUGACAAUCAAGCAAGAACUGUCUCAGAUAAAGAUUAAGAUUGACUCCUUACUGGGAAGGCUAGAGAAGAUUGAACGGAAGCAGUUAGCAGAGGCAGAGGCCCACAGGAAGCAUGAGAAGGCCAACCAAUCUCUUUAUAGUAGGACAGCAGAAAAAUCUGAAGAGGAUGUUCAGGAUGAUCAGGAGCAUCAGGAAGGCGGGUCUUGGGAAGUGACUGAUGAAGGUGAUGAUGGCUAUGAUGACAUUGUUAACAAUGACCUGAUAGAAAACCACAUAUCUGAUGUUGACAACUGAACAAGGACCGGACGACCAGCACACCUAUCAAAUGUACUAUUUUUGAAGACAAGUCAGAACUGUUAACCUUUCUGUGUUUUACUGUUUACAUUCAACAAUUUUAAUUUAUUAUUUAUUUAUUUUAAAGAAAAUUGACAGUCAGACAUGAACUGGAAGUUGUUGAGACAGAUAUUCAUAUAUGAGAUGUGUUUAAAUGUCACUACAUAAUCCAAGCAAGAGAGAGGACAACAUAACUUUGGUAUUCAGCAUCUUAACUUAAUACAUAAAAUAAGUGAUGUAUUUUAUCUAGAAAAAGUAUUGAUGAACUUCAAUGUCAUUGUCAUAUA